AUGGUUAGAAAGUGGCAGUUUCUUGAAAGUAAAAAUCAAGUGUGUUGUAAUGGUCGUUGUGUUACCGGUCAUAAUAUUGGUAUAUUUGUAUUUGCUCUUUUUCUAAUCAUUGUUAUAUCUGGACUUUUCUUUGGUUUCGAUUGUCCUUAUCUAACCAAACGACUUAGUCCAGCUAUACCAAUAUUUGCUGCUAUUUUAUUUCUUAUGGUUAUUUGUUGUAUUGUACGUACAGCAUUUACAGAUCCAGGUAUUCUUCCUCGAGCAACAGCCGAUGAAAUACUUCAUCUUGAAAAAUCAGAUAAUACACAAAAUGUAACCUUAUCCGGACGAAUUAUGGAAAUUCAAAUGCAUACUGGACAAAAAAUUCAACUUAAAUAUUGUCAAACAUGUAAAAUUUUUCGACCACCACGAGUAUCACAUUGUUCAUUAUGUGAUGCAUGUAUUGCGAAUUUUGAUCAUCAUUGUCCAUGGGUUGGAAAUUGUGUUGGUCUACGAAAUUAUCGAUAUUUUUAUUUAUUUUUAUUUUCAUUAUCAAUUCUUUGUGUUUAUAUAUUCGUUUUUAAUAUUAUUAAUAUUGUUUUACGAACACAAGAUAAAACAACAGUGGCUGAUGCUAUUCGAGAUACACCAGCAACUAUUGUUGAAGCUUUAGUAUGUUUUGUAUCAAUUUGGUCUGUUAUUGGUUUAUGGGGUUAUCAUACAUAUUUAAUUUGUCGUAGUAUUACAACGAAUGAAGAUAUUAAAGAUACAUGGAAUUCAUCACAUUAUGGUGAAAAUUUAAAAAAUCCAUUUUCUCGUGGAAAUCCAGUGUUAAAUUGUUUUUCAACAUUAUGUGGACCAUUACCACCGAGCUUUCUUAAUUUACGUGUUAUAAUUCAACAGGACAAUAAUAUACCGAUGACAACGACAGGAAUGAACAAUAAUCUACAGGAAACAAUAAGAUAUCAUCCCGAUGAGAAUGGCAUUUAUAAUAAUCGUGUGUGGGAUAGUUCUACAGAAAAUCCACCGUAUUCUUUUCAACAAAAACAACAGCAACGUCCUCAUGUACUGCGUAAUUAUGUAUAA